AUGUGGCUGAUACUUCAGAGAAACCCGUCCUUGUCCCCUGUUCUCCAAGUGCCUGAGUUGGCUGCAGGCCGGGACCUUUGCCUCGUGCUCUGGGUUCUAAGCUUGGCCAUUGUACAGAUGGAUGGCCAGGUCUACUCCCCGACUGUCAACACGCACUAUGGGAAGUUACGAGGGGUCCGGAUUCCGCUGCCUAGCGAGAUUCUGGGUCCUGUGGAUCAAUACCUGGGGGUGCCUUAUGCAGCCCCUCCUGUUGGGGAGAAGAGGUUCAUGCCCCCUGAGCCACCCUCCUCCUGGUCUGGAAUAAGGAAUGCUACCCACUUCUCACCAGUCUGCCCUCAGAACAUCCACAGUGCAGUCCCGGAGAUCAUGCUGCCCGUCUGGUUCACGUCCAAUCUGGAUAUAGUUGCCACAUACAUUCAGGAUCCCAAUGAGGACUGCCUGUACCUCAACAUUUACAUUCCCACCGAGGAUGUAAAACGGAUUUCCAAGGAAUGCGCCCGAAAGCCCAACAAGAAAAUAUGUAGGAAAGGAGGAGCCAGCGCUAAGAAACAGGGCGAGGACUUAGCGGAUAAUGACGGGGAUGAAGACGAAGACAUUCGUGACAGUGGGGCCAAGCCCGUGAUGGUUUAUAUCCAUGGCGGCUCCUACAUGGAGGGCACAGGGAACAUGAUUGAUGGCAGCAUCCUGGCCAGCUACGGCAACGUCAUCGUCAUCACCCUCAACUACCGCGUGGGUGUGCUAGGAUUCCUGAGCACCGGGGACCAGGCAGCCAAGGGGAACUAUGGGCUGCUGGAUCAGAUCCAGGCGCUGCGCUGGAUCAGUGAAAAUAUUGCCUUCUUCGGGGGGGACCCCCUGCGAAUCACUGUCUUUGGCUCUGGCAUCGGCGCCUCCUGCGUCAGUCUGCUCACUCUCUCCCACCACUCAGAAGGUCUCUUCCAAAGAGCCAUCAUCCAGAGUGGCUCUGCUCUCUCCAGCUGGGCAGUCAACUACCAGCCUGUGAAGUAUACCAGCCUGCUGGCCGACAAGGUAGGCUGCAACGUGCUGGACACUGUGGACAUGGUGGAUUGUCUGCGACAGAAGAGUGCCAAGGAGCUGGUAGAGCAAGAUAUCCAGCCAGCCCGCUACCACGUGGCCUUUGGGCCCGUCAUCGAUGGAGAUGUCAUCCCGGACGACCCUGAGAUCCUGAUGGAGCAGGGCGAGUUCCUGAACUACGACAUCAUGCUGGGGGUGAACCAGGGUGAGGGGCUGAAGUUCGUGGAGGGCGUGGUGGAUCCCGAGGAUGGUGUCUCGGGCAGUGACUUUGACUACUCCGUCUCCAACUUUGUGGAUAACCUAUAUGGCUACCCAGAGGGGAAGGACACCUUGCGGGAGACCAUCAAGUUCAUGUACACAGACUGGGCGGACAGGGACAACCCCGAGACACGUCGCAAAACCCUGGUGGCCCUGUUCACUGACCACCAGUGGGUGGAGCCGUCAGUGGUGACGGCUGACCUGCAUGCCCGCUACGGCUCCCCAACCUACUUCUACGCCUUCUACCACCACUGCCAGAGCCUCAUGAAACCCGCAUGGUCUGACGCGGCCCAUGGAGACGAGGUGCCUUACGUCUUCGGGAUCCCCAUGAUUGGCCCCACUGACCUCUUCCCUUGCAAUUUCUCCAAGAACGACGUCAUGCUCAGCGCCGUGGUGAUGACCUACUGGACCAACUUCGCCAAGACUGGGGACCCCAACAAGCCUGUCCCCCAGGACACCAAGUUCAUUCACACCAAGGCCAACCGCUUUGAGGAAGUGGCGUGGUCCAAGUACAACCCUCGCGACCAGCUGUACCUGCACAUCGGCCUGAAGCCAAGGGUACGAGACCACUACCGAGCCACCAAGGUGGCCUUCUGGAAGCACCUGGUGCCCCACCUGUACAACCUGCACGACAUGUUCCACUAUACCUCGACCACCACCAAAGUGCCGCCGCCAGACGCCACCCAGAACUCGCACAUCACCCGCCGGCCCAACGGCAAAAUCUGGACUACCAAGCGCCCGGCCAUCUCCCCGGCUUACAACAGCGAGAACCCCAGGGAGAAGUGGAGCCCGGAGCAGGAGGCCGGCACGCUGCUGAUCGAGAACCCCCGGGACUACUCCACCGAGCUGAGCGUCACCAUCGCUGUGGGGGCCUCCCUGCUCUUCCUCAACGUGCUGGCCUUCGCUGCGCUCUACUACCGCAAGGACAAGCGCCGGCAGGACACACACCACCAGCCCAGCCCCCAGCGCAGCGCCCCCAACGACAUUGGCCACACGCCUGAGGAGGAGAUCCCCUCCCUGCAGAUGAACCAGGCCCACCACGAAUGCGAGUCAGGGCAGGCACACGAUGCCCUGCGGCUCACCUCCCUGCCCGACUACACGCUGACCCUGCGCCGCUCCCCAGACGACAUCCCUCUGAUGACCCCCAACACCAUCACCAUGAUCCCCAACUCCCUGGUGGGCCUACAGACCCUGCACCCCUACAACACCUUUGCAGCAGGGUUCAACAGUACGGGGCUCCCGCACUCACACUCCACCACCAGGGUAUAG